AUGGAAGCACUGUCAGACUUGGUUGCGAGCCGCUCAACGCCCGGUUUAGUGCACUCUGCACCAGAUCUGUGCCAUCUCUACGCCCACUUGCCUCAGUUUUUUUACAGGCAACCCCCACGUAGACGUCGUUUGCCCAGACCCACAGAGACCAUGAAACCCUCCUUGACACUGUUUGUACGCCCGGGUGGUGACAACGACCGAACCUGCCCAGCAUGCGACAAGGAGUUCCACACAAGUCAGGGGCUCAUGGCUCACUUAUCCAGUGCAAGGUUGUGUGCUUGGUACCGCAAGGGCAAGAAUCGAGAGCUCAACGCGUUCAGCCUUCCGAAGGUCGUCGAGUCUCCGGCGCAAGCGGUCGCCAACACGCAGGUGGUGGAUGGGGAGGUCAACGACUGCAAGGACAUCCUAGAGGACAGAGAUUUUUUCCGCUUUGAGCUUCCUGAUGCGCCGCCGCCACCUGCCGACACUGAUGCUGGCUCAUCAGGCCAGCCAUCCUCUAGCAUGCGAACGGCAGGCAACUCACGGCGCAGACCUUGGACAUUCAUACUGAUCCUCGACAACAAUGAGGAUACAAGGCUUUCCGAAGAGAAUAAAGAUGCAGGGGCGGUCAUCAGAAUAGACAAAAGCAUUACGAUCCCUGAGUUAGCGGAGUUCAAAAUUUUCAGACUCCCAGAUGACGCGACUUGCACCAACACCACCAAACAAAUGCUGUGGCUCAGUGCUUUGUCCUGGGGUGAGGGCCCAAGAAACACUUCGAGUGGCACCCAAUAUGGCAACUGGUGA